GCACAUUGAGAUAAAAUCCACACAUGUUUUUUUCCUUUACUUAGUUAAACUUUAACAUGUCGUUUUAAUCGCCUGCACGUUUUUAUCACGCAGAGCUCCAAGUCCUAUUUCUGGAGUUCGUCCUUUCUGUUUUUUUUCUCAAACCCAAGUCCAUACUUGGUGAAUGACGCGCGGGGACACCCAGCGUUCCCCUUUAUAACCACACUGCACCAUUCAGGAGCUGUUUUUCAAGAGACGAGGGGAUGAACAAACAAAAUGUUGGAGAGCAAAUCGGAUUGAAAUAAUAUCCUGUGAUUGAUCUGAGCCGCUGGAUCUUCGGGAUGACCGCUAAACUGGCGAAUGAAGUGUUCGCGUCCCUCAGCGGGUUUGUGGAGAGCAUCCCUAAAGAUGUGUACUCGGCGGAGGGGUCCGUUGUUUUUAAGGAAGAGGCCGUGGGAGAAGAAGAGGAUGACAGCGGUGGCUUUCUGUUCGAGGGGAAGAGUGUCCCUGAGCUGCCUUACCACGGCGACUUUGCGCAGUACGUGGCCACAUUACGCACGCAACCUGUGGCGUUUACUGGCAAGAUCUCCGUGGAUUCCAGAGGCGCGGGAGGACCGUGGACACCCAGGGACAUCAUCAACGUGAUCAGCGCUGACAUCGCCGUCCCGGUGUCGGGAUCGUGUUCAGGAUCACCAGAGAUUUGCGCAAGAGGAGGUGGAGGAGGAGGAGGAGAGGGAGGAGGAGGAGACACAGCGGAAGCUGGGGACUGUACCAUGGCGCACGGCCAUCCCGACAUCAGCCACAUGUACGCGCCCCCGCACCAUCAUCCUCACCCUCACCCGCACCCCCACCCCGCCCCUUCCUACUCCUGCAGCGGGGACAUGUACCAGGACCAGUCGGCGGGGGGGUACCUGUCGGCAUCCACCUGCUCUGUGUCCUACCACCCGCCUCCAACCUACAACCCUCCACCUAAACCAACGGUGGACGGCGGCGCACUGCUGUCUAUCAUGCCCGAGUACGGAGGCUUCUACCAGCAGAGCUGCCAGAGAGACAUCCAGGCGGCUUUCCCGGAGAGGAAAUCCCUCGCGUACUCGCUGGACUCCCUCAGGGUGCCCCCGCCUCUUACUCCUCUCAACACCAUCCGGAACUUUACGCUCGGUGCGCCCUCAGCCGCGGCCGAAGGUCCGAUGGCCGCCGCCUUCCCCAGCCACCAAAGCCUCCCCUUAAGGCCGAUCCUGAGACCCAGGAAGUACCCGAACCGGCCGAGCAAGACGCCGGUCCACCAGAGGCCGUACCCGUGCCCGGCGGAGAGCUGCGACCGCAGGUUCUCCAGGUCGGACGAGCUGAGCCGACACCUGCGCAUCCACACGGGCCACAAGCCAUUCCAGUGCCGCAUCUGCAUGAGGAACUUCAGCCGCAGCGACCACCUCACCACCCACAUCCGCACGCACACCGGGGAGAAACCCUUCUCCUGCGACCAGUGCGGGAGGAAGUUCGCCCGCAGUGACGAGAGGAGGCGCCACAUGAAGAUUCACCUGCGGCAGAAGGAGAAAAAGGCCUCGGCCUCCUAAUCGGCGUCGCGCGCGCGCCUCGAGGCUGCUAAAUCCGAACAUUACCAGAGGAUCAGAUCAGUUCAUGCUCAAAGGGAAUCUGGUUGGAAGCAUUUCAGGGAACAGCGGUGACGUGUUGGGGCCAUGCUGUCGUUAUUUAUCGCAUUAUUAACUAAAACAUAACUCCUCACCAGUCAGAGUAACAGAGAACCUGCACACACGAACACAGUUGACAUUGUGGCGUUAAAUUGUAAAUGGAGUUUGAUUUGCAUUUAAAAUGAACACAGUGGGUGUCGUUUUUUGGAAAACGCUGCUUUCUUUACUGCCCUGUGGCCUUGUGCUGUCUGUCUGUUGGCUUCAUAUUCUCAGGGAUUCAUUCACAUGCUGCAAACGUGAGAACAAAUGCUGCAGGUCAGCUGAGCAGCUGUUCAACAAUCUUCUCCUAAAAUCAAAACACGUGUAGUUUCACCACAAGUAUUUUCUCUUGUUACAGUUGUCCUGCAGGGUUUACAUGCACGCUAUACACUGUGUAACGUUGUGAUGGUACUAAAUAACUAUGAUCACUUAUUUAUCCAAACUGACUAUUUUACUUUUGCUAAUCUGUCACAAUGCAAAGUGUUGGAAGGUUGAUGUAACACAGGAACAAACGUAAAAUGCAUUCAAUGUGUGAGUGUGCCUGGUGCACAUUAUUUAAAGGAUCUCUAUGUGACAUUCAGAGCAUAGCAGCAAACGGCGAGUGUGUUCCUGUCCGAGCUUCUCUGGGAUUUUAUGCCCUUUAGUGCAUGUUUGUGCGUGAGGGUCCGUCUCACUGGUACAUCAGCGCUGUUAGCUGCGGGCCGCCGGCUCAGCGCCGCGCGCAGGUGUGAGAAAUGUUCUGAAUGUCAAAUUUAGCCCCUUUAAAGAUACGUGUGCUUGUCGGUGUACAGAAACGAGGGAACUUGACCAUUUGAGACGUUUGAGAGUAAACCCAAGAAAUAGCGUGAGGGCACAAAUCAGGACUGUUCAUUGCAGCAGAAUGAAGUUGUUUUUUAACCUGUAUUUUGUAUAUUAAACAAUGACAUCUGAUGAAGAGUGGACAUUGGUUUACGGGACAUGUUGAAGUCUGAUAAUCCAUUUCUUUGUGCUUAUUAGUAUUUGCAACCUGCUGAUGAAGAGAGUAACUGGAAAAGUUGUGUUUCUGUGUUUUAUCCUUUUUAUGCAAACAAGUCGAGCACUAAAGCUUUUGUUCUGCUGGACCGACGCUUCUUGUCAAUGCGAAUAAACGUUGCCUUGUCGAGUC